GUACAUAUUAUAUUGUCAAAAGUAUUGGGACACCUCUCCAAAUCAUUGGAUUCAGGUGUUCCAAUCACCUCCAUAACUACAGGUGUCUAAAAUCAAGCACCUAGGCAUGCAAACUGGUUCUACAAACAUUUGUGAACAAAUGGGUCACUCUCAGGGGCUCAGUGAAUUCAAAUGUGGUACCGUGAUAGGUUGCCAGCUGUGCAAUAAGUCCAUCUGUGAAAUUUCCUUGCUACUAAAUAUUCCACAGUCGACUGUUAGUGAUAUUAUAACAAAGCAGAACCAACUGGGAACAACAGCAACUCAGCCAACAAAGUGGUAGGCCACGUAAAAUGACAGAGUGGAGUCAGCGCAUGCUGAAGCGCAAAGUGCGCAGAAGUCGCCAACUGUCUGCAGAGUCAAUAGUUAAAGAUCUUCAAACUUCAUGUAGCCUUCAGAUUAGCACAACAACAAUGCAUAGAGAGCUUCAUGGAAUGGGUUUCCAUGGACAUGCAGCUGCAUCCAAGCCUUACAUCACUAAGUACAAUGCAAAGUGUUGGAUGCAGUGGUGUAAAACACCACUAGAGCAAGAACAGUACUUGCAUGACUGCAUUGUGCCAAGUGUAAAGUUU